ACAGCAAGGGAAUUUCACCACUGUCGCUCACAACACAAUCGAGUAGCGACAGCUUUCAAUUGUAAGUGUUCUUUUUGUUCCCAUGUUCUUCUUCUUCCUUGUUUCAAGGUUUUAUGAUAAUGAGUGAAAAAACUGGCCCAGAAUUGGAACUUGACAAGAUAGUAGAAGGAGGUGACCUUGGAAAAGAAGAGAAUAAUGUAACAAAUAUUGAAUCUUCUGUUGCAAUUUCAGAACAAAAAGAACAAAAUGUGGUUGAAGAGAUUCCGUCGUUGUCUUGUAGAGAUGAGGAGAAUGUGGAAGUUAAUAUAAUUGGGAAUUCUGGUUUCAAGGGUGUGGAAGAUAAUUGUGUGGAUCUUACUGUUACUGAGAGUUCAAGUUCUAGUUCUUUUGGUCAUACAGACACUAGUUCUGAUUCUGCAUUCGGUGAUUCUGAGGAGGUUGAAUCGCAGCGGAGGCAUAAGGUGUGGAGACAGCCACUUCUAUUGAGAAAGAAAAAGUUAACUGAUCAUUGGAGGAGGUACAUCUUUCCUAUAAUGUGGCGCUCUAAAUGGAUCGAGUUGAAAAUAAAGAAACUCAACUCUCAAGCACAGAAAUACGUAAAAGAGAUUGCGGCUAUCGAUCAACAAAAACAGUUUGAUUUUUUGAAGUUUGCAGUAGAUGAUUUUGGUGUCAAGUCAGUACCUAGAUCUGAGGGAAUUCAAAGGACUAAAGUAAUGUGGAGAAAGAACAGGAAAAGAGCUGAAGAAUGUGAUUUAUCAUCAUAUAUGUCUAACCAUUGUUUUUUCUCGUACUAUGAGAAUAAAAACCAAGCUCAUGAUGGUCCCGUAGAAGGUUUUCAUGAUGAUGUCGUGGGUAAUGCUGAUAAUAUUGGGGAGAUCAAGUUAAACGAUAUGUGGUCAUCUGUAGAUCAUCAAAAAGAUAAUGAUAAAUCCUUCGUUGACAUGAUUGAAAAUGUUGAAGCUUUGUUGUCGCAAGUCGAGAAUUUGAAAACUCGGAUUGAUACCGUGAAAAAUGAAAAUCCAGGAAAGUUCUGUUCUGCAACUCAAUCAAACAUAAUUGGGCCGUCUAAUGGAUUUAAUCGUUCUGUCCAUAAUUCUGCUUCUUUUGCCGGUAAAGAAAUUCCAGUUCCAGGUAGUUUUGCCGGUAAAUCUGAGUUAUUUGCGGAAGAUCAACUUAUGACUGACAAUGCAUUAUCAACUCGAGAAGGGAUAACUCCUUCCAUCGAAUCUGCCAAUAGGAACCAGUUUGAGGUUCAGGGAGAAAAUGUUGAGGAGAAAUCCAAUGAAUCAGUUGAAGAGAAGAAAUCGAUUUCUCGAGAUCAAGUUUCAGACUCUGACAUGGUCACUGAGAAUGCUGUUCCUAAUGCUCAUUCUAUUAAACCAUGUUCAACAUCCAAGACACAUUUCCCUAGGAACACAAGGAGGGUAAGGAGGAAGUUUGGUCCUUAGAGUUUGAUUAUUUAUUUCUUCAAGAGUUACAACAUCAAAAUCAUAAUGUGUAAAUUCUGGUUUAGUUGGUAUAUAUUUUGCUGCACCAAGAAUGAGUUCAUUAUUACAUUAUGUGAAUAUGUGGAUCAUGCUCUUUCUUGAAGGAUGCUUUUAUUUUUAUUUAUUGAAGAUAUAUUAUUUAAGGAAGUACAUUAUUACAUUAUGUAAAAAUUAUUCUCUUUAAGAAAAUUGUAUUCUGGGUUUGAAGAUGAA